UUUUUCAUUAUCUCGCCUAAUUCGGGUCAUGAUUCAACCUGGAAAGAUUGUGACAGGUUGUCCAACUCGCUGAUAAAAUCUGAUAACUUGUUUUCAUUUUGUUAUUAGUAAUACAAUCGCAGCCCUAGAGUAAAAAUCUAGAAAAUGACGGUGGUUUAUGGACCGGGUCACGUGAGAACCGUUUUGGGAUUGUGCAAAGUGAUAGAAAGUGUAUGCUUGUUCGUAGGAAUAAUUUUAGUCGCAUCCAAGGGAUGGACGAAUGACCUUUUAGACGCUUACUACGCGGGAACUAUAAUAGGACUCAUCCUAUCGGUACUUAUUUUGGUAGCUUCGAUGACCGAAAUCGGACAUUCCUUAAAUAAAGCCUUGGCGCUCCAGUACAUCGUUCACUGCGUGUUGUUCAUCUAUUUGAUUAUCGUGUCAGCUAUUUUGGUUGCCCGAAGGUACCAUAACGUCCAUACAGCCGCAGGGGCGUUUGGACUGAUAGGAGGAUUCGUCUAUCUUAUAGACACGUUCGUCAGUUAUAAGUCCUACGGGAACAGGCUGAUUUGUAUGUAAGCAUGUUUAUUUUCGCAUCAUUAUGUUUUUAUAUUUAUUAUAAUAAAAUGUUCAAAAGCUCCAAUUUGAAAGUUAUUUCCAACUGAACUAAUCUAAAACUGCUAAACCGACCCUGAAAUAUUUUCCGUGUAGUAUAAACUUGACACACGCUAUUCGGUAUAUCGCCGUUCCUUCCCACAAUGCUCUUAGUUGUUUGGAAAAUCCCAAGCCGAUUUAUCGCAGAUGCAUUUGAUGUCAGCGGCCUUCCACAACAAGAAAUGCGUCGGUAGCGUAUGUGCAACGUGGUGUGCCAAUUUUGCAUUAUUAUCCUCGGGGAAAAAUGACAGUCGUCUAUGGCUCGGGCUACGUGAGGAGCGUCUUAGGAAUAUGCAAGCUAGUAGAACUGGAAUUUGGAUUAAUAUCGGCAAUAGUAUUCCUCAUAGACGCGUUAGUAUGCUACAAUUCGUUUUGGUACAGCGCCCUCCAAUGAAACAAUUGAUCUCAUCGUUUGAAGUUUAACUGAUUGUGUGUCUUCAACUUUUAAUUUUGAGCAAUUGUUAUUUGUAACCAAAUAAAGACUUUUAAA